CUUGUUAUACUCCUGCCCUCUUAUAAAGCUAGCUGCCUUCUUGCUGGUCAUUACAACACUUGAGUAGCAGGUUGGACACCGGGGUGGCUUCAUAGCGGCCGGGUAUCAGGGACACCGUCACUGUAUUCAAGACUGACGAUCGACCGGGCUUGCAAGAUGGCGCACAACUCGCCAAUGGUAGCUAUCCUGAAGAAGUCAACAGAGGAGGUGGAUUGGACGACUCCGAUUCGAAGUGCGAUCUCGCACUCAUAUGGAGAGGAUCCGGACAACUAUGCGACGGAGUACGCGAACCUGCAGCGUUGCAGACAAGAUGCAGUCAAGGGCGCAGGCAGCGAUAUGACUGCCCGCGAUCUGCUGUACAAGUACUUCGGUCAGCUGGAACUGCUAGAGCUGCGCUUCGCUGAAAUCCGCAACCGUUCUGACCCCGAGGGCUUGAAGCGCGCCUUCUACUACUUCCGGACUCGGGAGGUCGUCAAGUUCCUGGUUGGCAUCAUCCUCGCGCAAGCGACAGAAGUCUUCUUCGAGAAAUGCACCGACGAGAAGAAGGGCAAUGCCCUCGUCGCGAAGAUCGCGUCGCAGACGGCCUUUAUGUACACGUCGCUCACGGAGGAGGUGAAGGAGUUCAUGGGCAAGGGCAUCUUUGAUCGCAAUUGGGUCACUUUGCUACAAAUCAAGGCCAAAUACUUCACUUCUGUCGCGCAAUACUACCGUGCCCUCGCAGACAGUGCGGCCGGAAAGCACGGCGAUGCACUGGUCCGUUUUACGGUAGCCGAAGCGGCAGCGAAGGAAGCAAACCGUUCGGCCUCAUCCUUUUCCAAUAUCUUCGUCACGCAGAUGUCCCCCAGUUUGCCUUCUGACGCUGGCUCGGCAAUACUCGAUCUGACGAAGGCACACCUGGCUCUCUGCACGGACAAGAAGAACGAGGCGCAGCGAGAAAACGAUUUGAUUUACAAUGCCGUCCUCCCUGCCGCCGAGGCCCUGCCUCAGAUUGACAAGGCGACUGUGGCGACGCCCAUCACAAUCCAGGAGGUCUACGCGACACCGGAGGUGCAAAAGGUGAUAGGGCCGGAUAUGUUCAUCCGUCUUAUCCCUCUGAGCGUCCACGAGAGCGCAAGUGUCUACUCCGAGGAGAAGGCGAAACUGGUCCGUGGCGAGGUCGAGAAAGCCGAUAACGCAGAAGUGGAGGUCAAGAGCGCCUUAGAAUCGUUGGGCGUGAAGCAAGGUUUGGCGCGCUUCAAGGCUAUCGCCGAAGGUGGUGUGGGCGGCGAGGAAGAGGUGCCUUUGGAGGUCCGUCGAUGGCGCGAAGACAUAGCGGUCAUGGAAGAGCGGGAGAGCGUCGAGAGGCUCAUGGGACAGCUGACGAAGCUCAAAGACUCCGUCAAGGGCGAGCUCGACGGCGUCAGCAGGGAGCUGGACACGGAGAGCCGGGACUGCGAGGCGAUGCGCGUCAAGUACGAUCAUCUCUGGACGCAGGAACCGUCAGGCUCCCUUACGAAAUCGUUCCGCCAGGAACUCAAGUCGCAUCUGGGUUCGCUUGACGCUGCAGCUCAGUCCGAUCAGCAGGUGGUUGCACUAUGGGACUCCGUCAAGGGAGAGAUUCGUCUGUUGCUGUCACCUCAGGUGGAAGAGGUGUUCCGGGCCAGCACGGACGGUGGCGGGGCCGGCUCUGAGAGUUUGCUUGACCUGGACGUGACCAACGAUGCUCAGAAUGAUGAAGAACGUACGCGGAUCGCCCAGUUGGUCGACGAGAUUGAGGAGCGCUUGGGACGGCUGAACAAGAUUGCUCACGAGCGUCACCAGGUCUUGAAAGACCUGAAGGAGAAGGUUCAAGCGGACGACGUCUCGCAUCUCCUGCUUCUGAACAGACGUAACCCUGGUGUCGAGAACAAUCUCUUUGCUGGAGAACUCGAGAAGUUCAAGCCUUACCAACAACGUUUGACGGCGACCGUUCAUCAUGAACAGGUGACGAUUCAAGAAGUCUCCGCCCUUUGGCGUGCAUUGAAGGACUUAGCCGGUCGCGGACCUGGGGCGAAGAAAUGGGAGGAACGUGAAAGGAGAAAGAAGGAUACUAUUCGCCGCUUUUCACGUGCUCGAGACGGUUACAUGGAAGUCAGGGACGGUAUUGCGAAGGGUCUACAGUUCUAUAACGAGCUCACGGAACUCACCACGGUGCUUCGACGCAACGCGAAAUCCUUCGUGUCAGAGCGGACCGUGGACCGCGAAAGGUUGGCUGCUGAGCUGGAGACGCAGCGGCGCUUCUCCCAAUCGGCAGCGUCUUCGCCUCCACCUCCACCACCUCCGCGGCCAGUACAGUCCAAGCCAACAGGGCUGGAGGCGUCAUUCGCGUCGAUGAACAUUCAAGGCAGGAACGGGCCGAUGUCUCCUCCACCUCCUGCGCAGAGCUCAUGGCAGUCGACGCCUGCUCCUUCUGCGCCCCAGUAUCCCUCACCCCCUCACAACUCGGCCUUCUCUUCUCCACCGUCAAGUACCGCCACCAGCCCUCCACCUCCACCUCGUCCGCCCCAAUUGUCACAGCAAUACCCUGUUGCUCCUCAGCAGUCUGCGUACCAGCCAUCAUACUCACAGCCACAGUAUGGGCAGCCGCAACAGCAGCCGUACUCGCAGCCUCAGCACCAGAACUCAUAUCCGCCUCCAUCGUCACAGCCACAGUAUGGUGGAGGCUAUCAGUCACCAGCACCGACAGCAGGUUCACCAUUUCCGCCUCCUCCUCCGCCUAUCUCAUAUCAGUCACAAUAUGGAACACCGCCUCCUCCGGGUCAGCAGCAGCAGCAGCAGACUGGGUACCAGUAUGGAAUGCCGCCACCGCCACCGCCCCAACAAUAUGGGCAAUAUCCGCAAGGCUAUGGCCGAUAGCAGAGUGCAUAUAUACGGAGGAGUAGAGCGUGACUGUAUGUAUGCUAGUUGUUUCCCGAGUAGCUCUCGAGUCCACAUGGAAUUGAAGGGUCAACAAGCUGUCUAAGUGCUGAACGGUCGAUGCGCCCUGUAGUCUGCGCCUCUGCGGCCACUACUUGAUGUGAUAGAACUGAUUAACAUACGCAUCCAAGACACAGCCUGGGCAACCUGCAUAAAAAUCGUAUACACUCUCCAUGCAUACGCAUUCCUGAUAGUAGGCCUACUAGUAGGACAGGCUAUGUA